AUGAUGCUGAUCGUGCUAUGGUUCCCAACGUUGUCCUCAUCGUCUCGGAUAAUCUCGCGUCGUACAAGAACGUCUGGAAUAAGUUCCAAACGGACGGCAAGCUCGGCUGGGAUUGCAGUGACUGUCCUGCCAAUCCGUCUUACGUGUUUCUUAGCGCUACAGCUGAUAUCGCACCAACAGACCUUGGGGUUACCUUACACCCUGACCGACUCGGACUACGGUCUUGACUCGUCGAUGAAAGCCAUGAAUCUCUUUAACUCGAUCGUCAACGGAUUGUGUAACACGCCACUCAGAGCCUGCUGCACCUAUGCGGUUCCUGCCACU